CCCUGUGCCCCCUUCCCCGCGAGACACACAAGGCAGCCAGGCCGUCCCUCCUCCUCGCUCUCUCUCUCUCCACCCUCAUCCCUCCCUUCCCCUCCUACCUCUCACCCAGAACGCCUGCGGUUUCCUUUAUGCCGACUGCACACAUGCACAGAGCAGCACACUUUGGGCGGGCUAGGGGGCUGGGAAGGAUGGUGAUGGUAGGGCACAAACUGAGCCUGUGAUAUGUGAGCGCGCAUCAAAGCGACAGAAACGCACCCACGCACACGCACGCACGCAGACACGCACACACACAGAGAGACGCGCGUGGACGAGGAGACAUCACAGCAGAGGAGACAGGCGCGUAAGAGCGGGGCAAGCAAGCGAGGAGGCGGAUUGUGUGCAGUCUGCGAAGACAGCGGCACGCUAUGUUGUUCCUGAGCUGAGUAUACGGACGGGAAGAUGCUCGCCUCCUUUAUAACGUUAGCUCUUUUGGUGAUCGUUGCCGGCUCUGAAUAUGACGGAGCGCCGGAUGUGAGCGGCACGCCGGGCGCGAGGCCUCGCGGCGUCGCUCCGAUGCCACCACCGCCGCCGCCGCCGACGCGACAGAGAGGAGGCGUCGACGCGACGGAGGUGGCUGCUCACGGUGGCGCGUCGCGAGCCGGGGUGGAUGGCGGCCCCCCGGCCCCCCACUCGGUGCUCAGGGCCGAGCUGCUGCAACAGCUUCUACUGCUGCUGUUGGCGGAGAGGCGCCAGCCCCAAGCGGAGCCGCCCAGCGCCGUGAAGGAGCGCGCAGUGCGGGCCCACUACGAGAAGGCCCCAUCCGGAGGCUCUCAGCUCGGCCGAUGGGGGCUUCUCGCGGGCCGCACCCGGGCGCUGGCACGCGACGCCCCUCGGCGGCCUCCGCUCUGGCCGCACGGCCGCUCCCCUCUCCCUGACGGCGCGGCGGUGGCGGCGGCGCGAGGGAGCCACGGGGCCUCGGAGCGGCCGGAGGAGACGGCGAGAGCGGCAGCGGCGGACGACCGGGAGGGGGGUGGCGAUGGGACCGCGAGUGCAGCGACGCGGAAAGGAAGCGUGGAUGGGAAGCAAGACGCGGCUGUCAAUCAAGAAACUGUCAACGCUCGUGCGGCCGAGGAGGGAUUGGAAAUCGUGCGCAGCGCGACGCGGGACAGGGAAUUGCCAGGGGCAUUGCUGACCCCUCUGGACCGGGCCGCGAGGCCCCGGGAUGCGUCCCCAGCGACGCACGCUGCUGCCGUCCGUCCAGAGGAGGGCGACCGCGGAGUGUCGCUGGACGCGGCCGAGGUCGGGCGGCGCAGGAAGGCUUCGCCGGACCGCCAGAGUGCGGAGUUUGGCUACAUCGUGACGGAUAACAGGCCGCUGAGCUUGUCGUCGGCUGUACGACUGCUGGAGGCCCUGGCUGGGGAAGUGAAUCUCCCCGCCGACUCCUUCACAGACGUCAGUGUUGUGGGUCCGGCUGUCGCAUUCCGGCUACGGCCGAACAAGUGGAAGCUGACGGUGAGGGACACGGUGAGCACCGUCGGUAAGAGACACACACACUCCCUCUCCCUGAGCCUCCAGCUCGCUUUCUCCUCUCUCUUCUCUCGCUCCUCUCCUUCGCUCUCUCGCAUGUCACUCUGCUCCCCCGUCUGGCUCUCCGAUGCGUUUUCGGGGGGUCGGUACCGCGCGUCGUUCGGCACGACGUCCGACGUUUCGCUCCACGUGCUCGGGAGCCUCUUCGGGAAACGGAAUAGCUCGCGAGUAAUUUUGCGUGAAUAAUUAUUAUUCACGAAUAAUUGUUCGCGAGUUUUUUACUAUUUCAGCUCCAGGAUUCCUAAAGACAACAUCGACGUAUCACCGUUUUUAUUUUUUGUAAACAAAAACAAUACAUUUACGUCCGUCUGCAAAACAGUUACUCGUUCCGUUGACCCAUCCUUCCGGGGUCAAGGGCCCCUAAGGAGCUCCCGAUUGGCCGGGGUCGCGUAUAAAUAGAGGAUGGUGAAACCAGUGGGGUGGGGCGGGAGCUGCAGACGACAAGGUCGACAGGAUCCCGAGAUGCGUCUUUGAGCCGCAUUGCAAAGUCCCCUCCAUCGCUACGGAGGCCGAUGGCAAUCUCCUGGCUGCUGGGGGUUGCCACCCCUGAGGUAGCAAUAUACAGGGACAUAUCAUGGGGCCGCAUGUACGUUGAGCUUCUUUCACACCGUACGGAGCCAACUGUGCUUAUCGAAGGUGUAGGGGAAGGACAACAAACUCAACACAAAAAGCAGCUCU